GCCUAUGACACCGGUGCAGGCCAGCGCCAGCGCGCGCCAGGCAUGGCCAGCGCCAGGGUACGGUACCGGGUGCAUGCAUGACAGUGGUCACGUGGACGCGCGCGGUUAAUUCAAGUUCAAGUUAAGUUAUAUACAUUUUCAGAUCCGCAGGAUACAAGAUCAGACGAAGUUACUAUAGGUCUACUCCAACUCAAGUCAAGUGGGCCAAGUGAAUAACUCAUGCAAGAUGCCACGACGAAACAGAAAAAAGAUAGUUCUCAAGAAAAGGACUCUAGUAGCAGGUUGUUUGACUGUGGAAACAGUCAAACUAAAGGACAUGCUUUCACAGUCUGGUCCUGGACCCCAAGAGGAGUUUCCAUCCACGUCACAGAUUAGAGAGCCUUUAGUCCUGCAGCAAGCAGAACCUACUUGUCUAGAUCCACCGGCAGAUGUUGGUAGCAGUACCUACCAUCAAAGAAAAGAAAAGACAUUCGAGGAGUGGAGGGACCUGCAACCUCAUUUGCAGAGAUCCUUUGUAGAAGGACAUGCAUUACCACCUGAUGCCAAAUGUGAUUUCUGUGAAGAAGAGGUUGCUUCUGUUACUUGCAAAGACUGUGGGCCAUAUGCACACUUCUGUGUUGGAUGCUCUUCAAACUUUCAUCGAUCUCUUUUACACAGGCCAAUGAUUUGGAAGAAGGGAUUGCUAUAUCCAGAUGAGGAGAUGAGAUGUUUUCGUAGAGACCACAGUUGCCCAACAACCUAUUUGAAGACUCUGGAGGUAUUUGAUGCUAAAGGGAGACUACACACAGUGCUGUUCCAGUUAUGUCGUUGUGAACCUGAAGCUGCAGGCAUUCUUAGGUAUCAUCUGUGGCCAACCCAACCCAAACCAAAGAGGGCUGUGUCGAUGGAACUCAUGAAGCUUAUUUACUUCCUGAGAAUGGAGGCUCAUGUCUCUUUAAAAGCAGCUAGCCAGGUUAUUGGGCUCCAGAACAACCUAAAAGAAAAAGAGGUGAAUGCAUUAUACUCAGAACUGACUCAGCAAUCUUUUGCACAAUUUCAAACAUUUAGUGCAAAUGUAUAUAUGCAAGCUGUUCCACAGAGUAAAGGUGAGGAUUUUCCAGCCUGUCCAAAGGAACCAAUACCGUGAAAUCUGAAUGGUACGCGCCUUAGAACGCAAUAUAACAACAACAACAGCGCCGAUUUACGCUCUGCACGGGGCUCUGCAGGGGGUGGCAUGUACGUAGUCUCAUCCGUAGUACUUGUAGUACUUAUAAAUGACUAUAAAAAAAGUACUGCAUUUUCACAAUAAAUGAUUCAUUUUCUAAAUUCUAUGAUCUAUUUAUGCAAUUUUGGGAGAAUAGGAAUGCCUAUAAAACCGAGCCUGAAUUUUCCAAACCUUUAUUACUUUCAAAUUUUUUUUUGCUCCCUAUAUCUCCAUGUGGCACCUGGGGUUUGGCACUAUGUCUUUCAGGUGCAAUAGCAUGAAACAAACAAAAAAAUUAAAUUAAUAAUGAAUGUUUUUCACACGUGUAGAACAUAACAGUGUAUUUUGAUGUUGUUAUUGUACUGAAGAACAGUUUACUAUUCUGGAAUUAAGACUAAAGAUAUGGGGAAGAGAAUAAAACUGUAAGUCUAGGUCAAAGACAAAAUAAAUAAAUGAAAAUAAAGAUUGGUGACUUUGGUGUCAUCCUAAAAUUAGUUCCUACACUUUCUGUUCUAAGUGUAUGCAACCUGAUUUUUUUUUUAAGCAACCAGUAUGUUAUAAACAGGAAAUAAACGUAUUAUUAUUAUUUUAAGGGUCUAUUCAAAAUAGACUAGUCGAAAUGGUUGUUAAAGGUUGUUCCGUUGUCCAAAAAAAUCUUGGUGUAAGAACAUUACAUUAAAAUAAUUGAAUAAUGGCACAAAUAAUUAUAAAAAUUGUAUAUGUGUAGGCCUAUGUAUAUUAUGUAUUUAUAUUAUGUCUAUAACUUGAUUAAUAGUUAUUCCUUCUAUGUGUCUGUAUAUUGCUUCAUCAAUCUGGAAUCAUGAAGGCGGGGAUCUACACUCUCUAAAUGGGGAUUUAACUGGUUCAAUUAAUAUAAAGGUUAAAGAUUUUAAAAGGUGAAAAAAAAAAAAAUGUGUGACUCUUAAUACUUAAAGAUUACCAAGCUUUCAUGUGAAAUUGAUUUCUUAUUGUUCAUCAUCUUCUUUUUCUUUCUUUCGUGCUGAUUUUUAAGUUCAAAUUUAAACUAGAAAUUCAGCACUCGUAGUGCAGUCACUAUACAAGCACUUUAAGUGCUAAAUUAGCACUCCAUUUUUUACAGUGUACGAAACCAUGGUGAACAUUAAAUAAACCUUUCGUUUCGUUACAAUAUAUAUAUAUAU